AAGUGUUCAUUCAUCACAUCACACUCAUUGCAUACAACACAACACAACACAACUCCAUUUCUCUAUCUGUUUUUUUCAUUUGCCAAGUGUACUCUUCCUAAACAAAACAUUUCAUGGACUUGCCGGAGAAACUCUUCAUUGCAGCAUGUCUCAUUCUUUCAAUGACCAUUGAUGGAACAAAUGCAGAUACUAUGGUCACUGGUACUGUCAUUUGUGACCAAUGCAAAGAUGGACACAGAUCCCUUUUCGAUUUUCCUGUUAAUGGUGCAAAAGUAACUCUGUCAUGUACGGACAGCAAUGGACAAACGACAAUGUCAAGAGAAGAAACAACAAAUUGGUUUGGAAGCUAUACAAUGAGGUUUGAUGGUGCACCAGACUUAGGUGGUUGUUAUGCUCGUGUAACAGGAAGUAAUGAACAAGGAUCAAUGAGUUGUGGUGAAGGUGCUGGUCCUGCACAAAAUCCUAGACUCAUGUUUAGGUUUUUUGAAAUGGAGAUGUAUGCUGUGGAUCCUCUCCUUGCGCAGCCUGCUGAACCAAUGCAAUAUUGUUCAACAUCUUCUAACCCAACUCCACCACCAAUAUUCACACCCCCAAUUAAUUCUCAUCCACCUCCACUUCCACCUCCACAUUUUAACUUACCCCCAAUGCCACCACUACCACCACUACCUCCACUACCACCAGUGAUUUUUGCUGAAGCUUCAGCAUGUCCAUCAGAAAUGUGGACAAUGCCGGAAUACGAAUGCUACUGGAGGGGAGUGAACAAAGACACUAAAGUAGCGGUAGCAUUUGGAAUCGUUGCAGCAAGGAGAUACGGAACAGACAUUACAUUGUGGUAUGGGAUGAAAGGGAGAGGAGAUCCUUAUAGGACUCUUUUGAGAGAAGGGAUCACUGCACUUCUUAAUUCUUAUAACAGUCUUCAAUUCACUUAUCAUCCACUUGGUGUAGUCGAACACAUGAAUUUGGCUUUGAUGGGUUCAACUAGGGAUGUUCUCAUUACUGCUUUACACUUCAUGAGGGCUAAUUCUGGUGCCGGAAAUGUUCCUUGCAAAUUCACUUCUUGCAAUUAAUAAUUCAGAUAGAGCCUUUUGUAAUAGCAUGUUUGGGAAUUGAUUAUUUUAGGGAAAUGAUUAUUUUUUUAAAGUUUACUCAGAAAGCUUUUGAUGAUUAUACCAUAAAAUAACCUAACCCAAACAUGCACAUUAUGAUGUUUAUUUAAGGAUAUUCUAUUGUAUAACUUUUUUUCAUUUUUAUAUAAAUGAAGUUUGGUAUUCUAUUGUA